UCAUAUACUAUGGAUAGAGCUACUGGCUAAAUAUUUGAAGUCAACAUAACUAUGGUGAAUUGUGGCAAAUACGCAUGCGCGCAAUAUACAUCUUGCGCAGUCGCGACGGCGCAUAGUUUACCCGUCGGCCGUAAUCACCGCUGAUUUUGACAGUGAUAAGUUAUCACUGAUAACAAAGAAACAAAAUUCCUGUUGUUUUUUUUUAUUUAAAUUUUAAGUUUAAACCUGACUUUAAACUAAAUUAUUAUUUAUUUUAAAAUGAAUAAUAAAAACAAAAAUGCUUGUAGGUUUUGCCUUAAAACUCCAGCUAUGCAUCCAGGCAUCUCUUUACACUCAUUUCCUAGUGACACUAAAAUUCGAAAAUUGUGGCUCACAGCUUGUGGCAUUCGAGAAGAGGAUUUCAAACAUAACUUAAAACUUUGUUCACUUCACUUUGAAGAAAAUUGUUUUAAAUAUAAUGCUGUAAGAAGAUCCUUGAAACCUGGUUCAAUACCAACUAAGCUUUCAAGUAGAGCAAAAAGUUUUUUUGUAUCUGGAUCAUUUUGUAACUUGUCAAGUGCCAAUUCAAUGGAAAUACAACCUGAUGAUCAAGUUGCCUCAACUUCAAGUAUAACAAAAAGUCUUUUUGAAUCUGGAUCAUUUUUUAACUUGUCAAGUGCCAAUUCAAUGGAAAUACAACCUGAUGAUCAAGUUGCUUCAACUUCAAGUAUAAGAAAAAGUCUUUUUGAAUCUGGAUCAUUUUGUAACUUGUCAAGUGCCAAUUCAAUGGAAAUACAACUUGAUGAUCAAGACGCUUCAACUUCAACUAAUAUCGAAGUUUCCAGUACUGAAGUGUGGAAUGCUCAAGUAUCCAGUUGUGAAGCGUUCAAUACAGAAAUGACUGAAGAUUCUUAUACAAUUACUCCCAAAAGAAAACGAAGGACGUAUUAUAUUGGUGAUAUAAAAUCUCCUGACUUAUGUACUCCCCGCAGAGCUAAAGUUCAUUUUAACAAUGCUAAGUUAAAAAUUCUUAAAAGUCGCAAAAGAAUUAAAGUUUUGAACCAAAAAGUUAAUCGACUAAAAAAGAAACUCUCAUCAAUGGCUGAUUUAUUUGCACAUUUGAAAAGUAAAAAUCUGAUAACAGAAGAAGCACACGAUACAAUUUUGGUAAACACUAAACAUAUUUUUGGUCGGUGUAUUGUUAUGUGUUUAGUUUAUUUUUAUUAUUAUUUAAUUCAUCACAAUUUACAAUAUACAAUUGUGUAUAAUGUUCACAAAAAAAAAUUUAAGAAUUUUAAACUAAUAAUUCUAAGAAUAACAAUUAUAUACAAUAUAUAUAUUUAAUAUUCCAUUUGUAUUUUGUUAUGGUAAAUGUUAAUUAGAUGUAUGUCGUUGUAGUUUUCUUAACUGUAUUAGAAUAACAAUUAUUAUUUAUUUAUUUCCAUUAGAAUGUAAUGUUAUGGUAAAUGUUAAUUAGAUGUGUUUUUAACUUUUCCUCCUAAUAAAUGUAUUAUUUAUAUGUGAAAACUCUAAAAAACUUAGUUUAAUUUAUACUUAACCCACCUCUUCAUAAUCCUGGC